ACACACACACACAAAUCUGGAAAAGUAAAUCUGAAGCAUGAAACCAAUGGAUGAUGUCUGGAAAGAUAUCAGCAGUCUUCCAUCUCUUCACCACCCUACCACCACCCACCACUUUCAAGAUUUCUUUGCUCCGGCCGCCAGACCUGGCGGUGGAGGUGUCACCGGAACUACCAUCGUCCACUCACCAUCACCACCACCCACCACCAUGUUGAGCCUCAGUACGAGUGGCAACUCUGGACCUGAUCAAGAACCACCACCACCACCUCAUACAAACAAUUCGACCACCGGAGCCACUUCACCUCUUUUAGUUAAAAAGCAAAAAUCCCCAUCGGAAUACACGGAAAAAUUUAAACGUCUCAUGAAGAAUCGCGAGUCCGCUGCUCGUUCUAGAGCUAGAAAACAGGCUCGUGCUAAUGAGUUGGAGCACGAAGUAUUGAGAUUAACAAAAGAGAAUGCCAAACUCAAAAGGCUCCAAAAAGAGUUCUGUUCAGCUUCAACCUGUACUGCUCAAUUUCCCAAAAAGCCCAUGCUUCAUAGAUCCAAAAGUGCCCCUUUUUGAGGACACUCCUGUCCAUAUCCACAUUUUCUUUAUUUUUUUUAAUAUUUAUGUAAUAUCCUUAAAUUAAUUCUACUUAUAAAUCUUUUUUAGAUAGUAUUUAACAAAAGCACAUGUUAUUAAC